AGGAAAAAUGAAAAGAAAAGAAGCGUUAAACGCGAGUGCUAAGGAAUGUUCUGGUACCUUCCGAAAAUAAAAGCCACCGACGGGCAGAACAACAUAAAAGAACAUUAAACUGUCCAUCGUUGCGUUUGUACCAAUCCCACGAAUGGUGCUUUGUGCUCGGUCUGGAAGUUGUUCCGCUCAAACUGCAAGUAUACGUUUGCACGACCGUCUGUGCUUGGUUGUGGCUGUGGAGAGAGAAGGGUACAUCGUGUGUAGAUCCAGCUGCAUUGUUCAAGAGGCUCCUCCCUAGGGUAUGGCAUCGGUAACCCGUAUGCUUCCUUCUAAAAUAUAUGACAUUGAAGCCCACAGCAGUAAAGUAACAUGUUUGAACCUUGGAGAAACAGGACGCGUCUUAGUGACUGGUGGUCAGGAUUGCAACAUCAAGUUAUGGGCUCUCAACAGCAAUCAGUGCUUCAUGACAUUGCCAGGGCACAAUUCGUCCAUCGAGUGCGUCAGAUUCGCGUACUCGGACGAUUUUGUCUAUUCGGCCGACGACACAGGUGUGAUAAAGUUAUGGAAUCUGAAUGUCGGCGAGGCGACCUCUCUCUUUGGUCAUAUGAAAAGCGUCCGCACAUUGGACGUACACCCACUGAACGACAACUACGCCGUGUCCGGUAGCAACGAUACUUCCAUCCGGUUGUGGGACGUUCGGCAGAAGGUAUGCGUCAAGCGCUAUAGGGGCCAUAUGUCUCACGUGAAUUCUGUCAAAAUAUCACCCGAUGGCCUCUGGAUAGCUUCGGCGGGUAACGAAGGAAGUGUGAUCAUCUGGGACAUUCGGAUGAGCAAGUUAUUCAUGGAAUUCACCGAGCGGCAAACACCGGCCACCUACGUCCAGUAUCAUCCCUCGGAUUUGCUAAUGGCCGCUGGUCGCCAGGAUGGCACGGUUGAUCUGUACGAUCUCGAAAAGCGCCAACUGCUAUCGCGAUCCGUGCCACCUGCGCAAGCGGAACGGCCAGCACAAGGACUUCCGGUGCGAUGUGUUUUGUUUGACGAAAGUGGCAAAUGUUUGUUUGUGGGGACGGCGGCGGCCAUCACUGUGCUCGGCUGGGAGCCUGAUCAAGAGUUCGAUCGCAUCGAGUCGUGUUGGUGUACGCUGGGCGACAUGCACCUUGCUGGCUCAGAACUCAUCUUCGGAACGUUCGAAAAAGGUUCAGUGACGGUACAUGCUGUACCAUUUACGGGACUGCGAGCAUUCAACGCUUCAUCGUUUGGUCAACCGUUCAACCAUAACGAAACGUCGCGCAAAAGCUUCAAUCGGGGCAGUGGGAAACUGCGACUGUCAAUCGGUGACCGUGGGGUGGUUGGUGGCGGAAGUAGCAAGAUGUCGACGGUGGCAGAGGCGUCGGGAACAGGAGCCUCCGGACUCGACGACUUCAGCGGAGCAAACGGGGGUAUGUCACCCAAUUUGAGCAUCGAAAUGAUUGACGAGGAAGACAUGAAUGCGCUAAUUUCUACUAAUAAGGCAUCCUCACAAUCGGCGGAGAGCGCGAUGUUCGUCUUUGAUACGAUCCGAGAUCAGCGGGUGGUUCACAGCCCUGUACCUAAUGCCCAAGAUGUGCCCUCCAGUAGCACAUCAUCCGCUACGCUUCUGGACUCGGGUGUAACAUCGUCUAAUCACAGCAACAAUGGUAGUAUGGCCUUCACCUCACCGCCGCUGAUCAAUAGCCACCAUCAUGUACAGGAAGAAAUGGACAGAUAUAAUCUAAAACCUAGCGGAAUCGUCGGAGUCGAUGCUGGAUAUUCUAGUGAUCUACACUACUUUCCUCUUAAGAGUAGCGCCUUGUCAGAGCCGGAAGAAGAUUAUCCCGUCAACAAUGCACAACCACCGGACUAUGCACCGAAGGUAACUGGUGGAAACGCUCAAGAUGUGAUGGCGUCUUCUAGCGAAGCAUAUGCGACCGGUGGUGGUGCACUGGGAACGAGAAGUGGUUCUAGGCAGCAUGACAGUACGACCGGCAAUUACGAUCGGACCUCGGGACUGCGCAAUUCCAGCACUGACCAGCGUCGGUUAGCGGGUGUUCAAUCAUCUCACCACCGGUCAUCGAGUAAUCUAGUCCACCGUAUCGCCACCUCUAAAAGCACGUUGGAGCUUAACAAGUUGACCGGAGACGAACCUGUCACAUUUCGGAAACCGAUCAGUAGGGGCAGUUCACCGAUUCGUAACAACCAAGAGCUUCCGAUUGGGUCGCACUUUUCCGGCAACCCGAUGUACCAACAUCAACAGGGCAAGCUUCUACGCAGUGACAGUAACGCACAGAUUGGCAGAGACAGAAAGCAUUGCUACGGUGGUCCCGACCGCCACCAGCGCUCGUAUGGUAACACCGGUGGGCACAACAGUAACAUCAAGGUGGAGAUAGUCACGAAGCCAGUGGUGCGUUCCAAAACGUCACUCGAUAUGCGUCACCAUGGGCGUAGUACUACCUCCAUCUACGGUCAGCGACAGUCAAGCUUGAUGCACUCAAACUCUAGCAGCAGUAUGGCCACAGUCGCAACGGCAACUGCUGAGAGUUUGAUAGGGGCGUACGGAAAUAUCAAUGGGCCUCUUUACGAGUAUGGAAAUGAAACCGGCGGACGGUUAAUGGUGCUGGGCUAUGGAGGCACCGAAAACAGUACGUCCCCGGACGAGAAUGCAAUUCACAUGAUGCGCAACGAGCAUAUCGCCAUCAUGCAGACGCUUUGCAAUCGAACUGCGCUGCUGGGAGCUAUUCGCAAUUACACGAAGACGGGAAACGUAACCAAUGCGCUAAAAGUUGCUGUGCGUAUGGACGAACAGCAAAUUCUGGUUGAUGUGUUGGGUGCAAUAUUGGAAAAGACUACGCAAUGGUCGCUCGACAUGUGUGUUUUACUGCUGCCUAAAGUAUAUGAUCUGUUGCAAAGUGAACACAAAUUCUACUGUACCAGAGCGUGCGAUACACUGCGCGUAAUCCUUUCCACCUUUCUACCGGUGAUACGUGAAAAUACUGAUUCGUGGGCCGCAUGCACACUCGGAGUCGACGUUAGUCGCGAGGAGCGUCAAAACAAGUGUUUGGAGUGCAAGAGCUGGCUGCUAAAGAUACGCUGCCUGCCCGAGAACGCAGUGAUGGGAAACAAUUUGCAACAACUCCAAAACAUGAUCGUGGAUAUUUGAGGGGAACGUGCGGUAUAACGGUUGGUGCACCUUAGAUCUUAAAUAUAUAAUGCUUAAUAAUUAUAACCUGCAGCUGCUGCAAAACAAGAUCUUGGAUAUCUUAUGAUGCCGUGUGAUGUAACGAUUGGUACGUCUUAGAUACAUAAUGCGUAAAUUAAGAUCGAAAGAAAUAUCUAGUUGAAGGUCAUCAUCAUAUGCAAAACUAAUUUAGACGCGAGAAACAUACUUUGACGUCAUUAAGGUCGCCAUGCAGUGCUUGCAAUUCACUAUUGUAGUAAUUUCUUCAUUAUCCUUUCACACACUGAGGUGCAAAAAUGUUUGAGCUUCACAAUCGAAGGGAAAAUACCUGUACGUUCUAUUCCAUGCCUCGCGUAGGAAGAGAAAGAUUUAUUCAUUCCUAUGGGUUAGGGAUUGACAAUCGUAGGUAGGUUACAGAUGUCAUUUGCUAACGCUUCGUUGCACAGGAUAACUUUGCGGCAGCACUCCUCCUCAACGAAACGCGACUUCACACCUUUCCAUCUUUAAAGAGCCGAAUGUUAGGCGAUUACAGCUCUAUAGGUCUCUAUAAUACAAAAGAAAAAAACACCUUUCCAUCGAUCGUCUCGCCGCUGUUUUUCCAGCUUGACUUGUUCGUCAUGAUGUCGGCUUGCAUUCUAUUGGUCGACAAAUAUCGAAAGGCGAUGAUUCCUUUUUUGCCACUAGUCUUUGGUAAAUCCGUGCAUGAUGUGGAUGUGUUAUUUCGCACAUGACACUGCAUCCUAUGUAUAUUCAUACAUGUGCCUUGGACUUCCGGUAUGGGUAGCGUAUAUGCAGUAGCGCAGUAUGACAAUUUUUCCAAUAUCAAAAUAAGCAUGUGACUAUAACAAAGCUCGGUUCAAAGUAGGUGGCGCGUUUGCUCAUUGUUGACCAAAAACAAAAACGUGUUGAUUAUUCUGAGCAGUGUUUGACCAUGUUUAAACCUAACAAACCGAAAUUUUCGCGUCAAUAUGUUAUAACGAAUUUUAGAUGUGUGGAUAAUACCGAUGAAACAUGGAUUCAUCACAUCAUCAUACUGAAUCAAAAUCAAAAUGAUCGUUAACUGAUUGAAGAGCAACUGGUGAACCUCGCCCAAAGCAUUCGAAAGCUCAAUCAUUAUCUGGAAAGGUUAUGACCUCGGUAUUCUGUGAUGCGUGCAUACAUGGUGUAGUGGAACAUCGACAAUCUUGGGAAAGGGAAAUACCAUCAACAGUGGAUAUUAUUAUUCUUAUAUAUGUUCUCAUAUAUUCUUCUUGGAAUAUAGAUUAUAUAUUCUUUCUUGGGCCCGGGACUUUUCAGCCCGUGUAUUUUACCAGGCUGUUCAGUAAGUUUCGCUUUUCGAUUAAAAAAACACAAUGAAACAACAUGUUAUUGUUUGUGUUUUUGUUCCAUUGUUAGUGAAUGCGAUACCCAUUGUGCACACAGCUUUCUGAAACCCAAUAGCUCAGUCAAAAUAUUGCUUACAAUGGCCAAUGAGAUGCUUAGGGCUUCUACUAAAUAUCUUUCAGUUUAAUUUCUGACUGGAAUGAACUUUCACAUACGUUCGUAUGAAGAGUGUACGAACAUAACAAAAUUAAUAUAGGCUAGUGGCAGCAUUCAGGCUACUGAAACAGUUUAGCGAUUAAACAACCCAAUAUAGAAGUCGCCAACCCGGCGAACUUCGUUUCGUCCAAAGUUCGUUUGUGGAAAUAACAGCAAAUGUUCGUUACAUCCAAUGGUUAUUAUUUAAUAGUAGAACAUGGUACAUGAAAGCAAUACAUUGAACAUGAAAGUUUAUUAGAAAAAUUCUACCAUUGACUUCAAUGGCUUUUAUUAACGUGCUGCUGUGUAUACAAUGUUUUUAAUUUUUUUCUCCACAUCACGGUUGAUACAUAUUUGCAUAUCAUGCCGAAGAUACAGUAUCUGGCGAAACAUAAUUUAUAAUCUGAACAACUGAAUAAUAUGUGAAAAAAAUUGUAUAUAUUCGUUAGAAAUUGUUCUUUUAAGAUGUUGAGUGUUAGUUUAAGGUUUUAAAAGCAAAAUAAAGACUAAUAAAUGUAAUUUUUUUUCAAUCUCGUGUACCAGCGUGUAGAGUGUUGGCUCGUCCGUAGAUCAUUCGUUUCGCUGCAAAAAUUAAUCGAUUUCAAUGCGAAACACGUCAAUCAGUGCAUCAGCUUGAGUGCAAAACUUUAAGUUGGUGCUUAAUACGGCUCUAACCAUUCUAAUCAUAAUAAUGACAAUAAUAAUGAGGGUAUGUUUAGUUAUUUAUGUGUUAUAUUAGCCUCAUAUUUAAAUGUUUUGAUAUUCAAAUGCAGAAUUCACAGAAAGAAUUGCGUAAUGAAAUUCACAAGACAUUAUUUUAUACGUAUUUUUGUUCUUUGCUUGACCCACGUUGAUAGAGCAGUCAGUAACGCUCGUCGCUGUCUAGGUGUUUGACUCGGGGCCAACAACCCCGCCCGUAAAAACAUUCCAGGGAGCAAUAGAAAUUAUCUUCCGCUUGGUGGUUGCAGUCGGAUUAAAAAAAUAUUUUGUUUCUCAACUUGUAAGAUGGCUAUUGCUCUAAGUAUUGUAAACUAACUGACGAAGGAUGUAAAAUGUUAAUAAAUGUUAAUUUUAAUGGUAAAGUAA